CCCAAUUUUCAUUAAUUUAAAAAUUAUGUCCGUUUGGGAGCCCCAUCCUACUUGUAGAAAUUUAAUUUAGGGGUAGUUGGGGGUGUAUGAAAAUCCAGUCAACGGGCACACGCAUGCGCCCCAUUUAUGGGGAAUACGAAGCGCCACCGCCUGUCAGUUUGGCGAGGCGUCGCGACGUCGCUGGGUGUUGUGCCCGUGUUUUCUCGCGUGCUUAUUUAUUUCCGUGGCGCUUUGGGGCCCUUUGUGGCGCGAUGAGCGCCGCUUGGCGGUGACACGGUCGAUGACGGGCAAAGAGGGCGCCGGGGGCGCCAUUGAUGAUCUUUCAGGUGUCACAGGGCCCGAGAAGGGGAGAGACUGUGACAAUUGCGUGGGUUUGAGCGAGAAGGAGAGUGACCAAGUAGCAGCAGAGUGGGAGAAGCGGGAGUCUAUUUCGCGGAAGCGCGACACAGAUAGCGUCAGGUCGCGCCUUUUCCGCCGUCGUGCGGGUGGCUCGUGCGUGAGCGCGAGCGUUAGUGGCGUAUGGCAGACAACGCUAGGCGUCACAACAGCUAUGACAACGGCUGCAGCGGCCGUAAGCCUCGAGGGUGUGGGCCCCGAGGCACCACCACCCCCAAUGACCAGUGAAGAUGGUGCUCAGGCUGCACCGAAAGGUGCACCCAAACGCCCGGUGCGACGCUCAGGGAAACCACCCCCGGAUCGUCCUGUGCGUGCACUCUUCUGCCUCGGACUAAAGAAUCCAAUUCGGAAGCUCUGCAUUGAUAUCGUUGAAUGGAAGCCCUUUGAGUACCUAAUUCUGCUGACAAUCUUUGCCAAUUGUGUGGCUCUGGCCGUUUACACACCGUACCCCAAUUCGGAUUCAAAUACCACAAAUGCAGCUCUCGAGAAGAUUGAGUACGUCUUCCUGGUGAUCUUUACGGCAGAAUGUGUGAUGAAGUUGAUUGCAUAUGGAUUCCUCCUGCAUCCCGGUGCAUACUUGAGGAAUGGAUGGAAUUUGCUGGAUUUUACCAUUGUUGUCAUUGGUAUGAUAAGUACAGCUCUGUCGAAUCUCAUGAAGGAGGGCUUCGACGUGAAAGCCCUACGAGCAUUUCGUGUCCUCAGGCCACUCAGACUUGUCUCCGGUGUCCCAAGUCUGCAGGUUGUUCUCAAUUCAAUCCUCCGUGCUAUGAUCCCAUUGCUACACAUUGCCCUGCUCGUGCUAUUCGUGAUCAUCAUCUAUGCCAUCGUCGGUUUGGAGCUCUUCAGUGGGAAAAUGCACAAAACAUGCUUCGACAACAGCACUGGCUUACCCAUGGAUGAUCCCCAUCCAUGUGGUGAAGAUGGCUUCAGAUGCGAGAGUAUUGGGCUUGUUUGCAGAUAUUACUGGGAAGGACCAAAUUCUGGCAUAACAAACUUCGAUAAUUUCGGUCUGGCAAUGCUGACUGUCUUCCAGUGCGUCACCUUGGAAGGCUGGACAGAUGUGAUGUAUGACAUUGAGGAUGCCAUGGGGAAUACGUGGCAGUGGGCAUACUUCAUCAGUAUGGUCAUCUUGGGUGCAUUCUUUGUCAUGAAUCUCAUUCUCGGUGUGUUGAGUGGUGAAUUCAGUAAGGAACGUACAAAGGCCAAGAAUCGCGGUGACUUCCAAAAAUUGCGGGAAAAGCAACAAAUUGAGGAUGAUCUCAAGGGAUACCUAGACUGGAUAACUCAGGCUGAAGAUAUUGAACCAGAAGCUGAAUCAUCCAUGAUUCAUGCAGAUGGGGGUAUUAAGACAAAAGGAGGGGAACCAGGAGGUGCUCCUUUGGACUCAACAGAGCAACUUGGUGAGGAAGUGGAUGCAAAGCAAGAAUCAUGGAUGCGAAAGAGGAAAAAAAGUUUAGAACGUGUAAAUAGGCGUCUAAGGAGAGCCUGUAGGAAGGCAGUUAAAUCUCAAGCCUUCUACUGGCUCAUUAUUGUUCUUGUUUUCCUCAAUACGGGUGUCCUUGCCACAGAACACUACAACCAGCCACCAUGGUUGGAUGACUUCCAAGAGGUCACGAAUAUGUUCUUCGUGGCGCUUUUCACAAUGGAGAUGGUCUUGAAGAUGUACAGCUUAGGCUUCCAGGGCUACUUUGUGUCGCUGUUCAAUCGCUUUGAUUGCUUCGUGGUGAUUGGGAGUAUUGGUGAGAUGGUCCUAACCAAUACGCACGUUAUGCCACCAUUGGGUGUCUCCGUGCUGCGAUGCGUUCGACUGUUGCGCGUGUUCAAAGUUACAAAAUACUGGCGUGCCCUUUCGAAUCUCGUAGCAUCGCUCCUGAACUCCAUUCAGUCAAUUGCAAGUCUCCUGUUGCUACUCUUCCUCUUCAUUGUGAUCUUUGCCCUGCUGGGGAUGCAGGUGUUUGGAGGGAAGUUUAACUUUGACAACACCGUUGAUAAGCCACGAUCCAACUUCGACAGCUUCUGGCAGAGUUUGCUGACUGUCUUCCAAAUCCUAACGGGUGAGGAUUGGAAUAUGGUCAUGUACGAUGGGAUUAAAGCCUAUGGCGGAGUAGCUUCGAUAGGCAUCAUGGCUUGUAUCUACUUUAUCAUUCUCUUCAUUUGCGGCAAUUAUAUUCUACUGAACGUCUUCUUGGCCAUUGCUGUGGACAACUUGGCUGAUGCGGAUUCAUUGACAACAAUUGAAAAGGAAGAAGGUGCCGAGGAGGGAGAAGAAGCCAAAGUACCCAAUACCAAACCCUCACGCAGCCCAUCACCGAUCCUUGAUGAUCUAGGAGAUCUUGGCGAUGAAUUUGAUGUGACUGAGAAUUUCUCCGAGCAUGAGGAAGAGACAAUCAGUGAGACACGCAUAAGGCUACAGGAGGAGGAGGAAUUCGAAGAGGAGGAAGAAGGUGGCGAUGAGGAUCUUGCAAUGGUGUCGGCCCGUCCACGCCGAAUGUCUGAACUCAAUCAAAUGCCUAAUCAAAAGCAACCAAUACCGCCGGCUUCAUCUUUCUUCGUCUUUUCGCAGACCAGCAGAUUUCGCGUAUUCUGCCAUUGGCUCUGCAAUCACAGCCAUUUUGGGAAUAUUAUCUUGGCAUGCAUCAUGUUCUCAUCCGCCAUGUUGGCUGCUGAAGAUCCCCUAAAUGCUGGAAGUGAACGCAAUCAAAUUCUAAAUCAUUUUGACUACUUCUUCACGGCUGUCUUCACAAUUGAGCUUCUACUGAAACUCAUCUCGUACGGUUUUAUCUUCCACAAGGGUGCUUUUUGCCGUUCAGCCUUCAAUCUGUUGGAUCUUCUUGUUGUCUGUGUCUCACUCAUAUCCAUCUUCUUCAGCUCUGGCGCCAUUUCUGUCGUGAAGAUUCUUCGAGUUUUGCGUGUUCUACGUCCCUUGAGGGCCAUCAAUCGGGCUAAAGGACUCAAGUAUGUGGUGAAAUGUGUAAUUGUUGCAAUUAAAACAAUCGGCAACAUAAUGCUGGUCACAUAUUUGCUGCAAUUCAUGUUCGCCGUGAUUGGAGUUCAACUUUUCAAGGGAAAAUUCAAUCGUUGCUCCGACGGCUCAAAAACCAUUGAAUCUGAAUGCCACGGGACGUAUCUUGUCUUUGAGAAUGGGAAUGUCGAUAAGCCCGUACUGCAGGAGAGAAGUUGGUCAAGGAAUCGUUUUCACUUUGACGAUGUCUCCAAAGCCAUGUUAACACUCUUCACGGUGUCCACGUUUGAAGGAUGGCCAGGUCUUCUCUACGUGUCAAUCGAUUCAAAUGAGGAGGAUUUUGGACCAAUACACAACUUCCGUCCAAUCGUGGCAGCAUACUACAUAAUCUACAUCAUUAUUAUUGCAUUCUUCAUGGUUAACAUCUUCGUGGGUUUCGUUAUUGUCACCUUUCAAAAUGAGGGUGAGCAGGAGUACAAGAAUUGCGACUUGGACAAAAAUCAGCGGAAUUGCAUUGAAUUUGCAUUGAAAGCCAAACCCGUUAGAAGAUAUAUACCGAAACAUCGGAUUCAGUACAAAGUUUGGUGGUUUGUUACAUCGCAACCCUUUGAGUACACCAUCUUCAUUCUCAUCAUGAUCAACACCAUAACGCUCGCAAUGAAAUUCUACCGACAACCUGAUCUCUAUACGGAAAUUCUCGAUGUUGCCAAUAUGGUCUUUACGGCUGUUUUUGCAUUGGAGUUUGUCUUCAAAUUAGCUGCCUUCAGAUUUAAGAAUUACUUUGGAGAUGCAUGGAACGUCUUUGACUUCAUUAUCGUCCUUGGGAGUUUCAUUGACAUUGUUUACUCGGAAGUUAAUGUAAGGCAAGGUGUUAAGCCCGGUUCGAGCAUAAUUUCGAUAAAUUUCUUCAGAUUAUUUCGUGUAAUGCGCCUCGUGAAGCUGUUAGCACGUGGCGAGGGCAUACGAACACUUCUGUGGACAUUUAUAAAAUCCUUUCAGGCACUCCCGUAUGUUGCCUUGCUCAUUGUAAUGCUGUUCUUCAUUUAUGCCGUAAUCGGGAUGCAGGUGUUCGGGAAGAUUGCAUUGGAUAGUGAAACAUCCAUUCAUCGGAAUAACAAUUUCCAAACUUUCCCCCAAGCUGUUUUAGUUCUCUUUAGAUCAGCCACGGGUGAGGCAUGGCAGGACAUCAUGAUGGACUGCAGCUCACGCCCCGGGGAGGUUAAUUGUGACGAUAGGUCAGAUGAUAGAGGUUCCAAGGAGGGAUGUGGAUCCAGUAUUGCUUUUCCAUACUUUAUCUCUUUCUACGUACUCUGCUCGUUUUUGAUUAUUAAUCUAUUCGUGGCCGUUAUUAUGGACAAUUUUGACUAUUUAACACGCGAUUGGUCUAUUCUGGGACCCCAUCAUUUGGAUGAAUUCAUAAGGCUGUGGAGCGAAUACGAUCCAGAUGCAAAAGGUCGCAUAAAGCAUUUGGAUGUCGUAACGUUACUCAGGAAGAUAAGCCCACCACUUGGUUUUGGUAAGCUCUGCCCCCAUCGUGUUGCCUGCAAGCGUCUCGUCAGUAUGAAUAUGCCGCUAAAUAGUGAUGGGACGGUGCUGUUUAACGCCACGUUGUUUGCCGUUGUGCGGACAUCGCUGAAAAUUAAAACGGAGGGCAAUAUUGAUGAGGCAAAUGCCGAACUGAGGGCAACCAUUAAACAAAUAUGGAAGCGCACAAGCCCAAAAUUGUUGGAUCAAGUUGUCCCACCACCUGGGGUGGAGGAUGAGGUGACAGUGGGAAAAUUCUAUGCCACUUUCCUCAUUCAGGACUACUUUAGGCGUUUCAAGAAGCGCAAAGAGCAGGAACAGAGAGAUGGUGAUCGUGAUCACAAUGCCACCAUGACACUACAAGCUGGCCUACGGACACUCCAUGAAGCUGGACCUGAACUCAAGAGAGCCAUCUCGGGGAAUCUCGAUGAAUUGGCUGAAGAACCAGAACCAAUGCAUCGGCGCAAUCACUCUCUCUUUGGGACUGUUUGGUCGUCCAUAAGACGACGCUCGGGGGCGCCUCCGGUGCGAAAAAUUCCGGAUAGUACGGCAACAACAAAUGGUCUCAAUCACGUGCAGCGUCCACCACCAGCACCAGAACCCCAGGAAUCUGUGGAGCAAUUCCACAUGAGACCCCUUCUUAUUGCCAACACCCCCACGCAACCGAUGAUCGCAGAAGAUCCAGCCACACCGAUUUUAUUACCCGUACAGACACGAGCACCACCACCACCGGAACGACUGAGGCGGAUAGCGAGUGGCCUCAAAUUGGCAAAUCAAACAAUGUUUGUUGCGGGAUUUGCACCUGAGGCCAUUGAGAUGCAUACAAUGCCGCACGAUCACCUGCCGAAUCAUAGGGCAUCAUUCCAUGGACGAGCCACGAGUGAGCUAAACGGAAGUGCUACAGCUGAGAGACUCGUCCACUCAACACCAGGAUCCCCACAGGAGCGUCGAAUGGGUUCAACAGAGGUCAUUGGAUCUGCUGAGAGUCUUGUCGGCAGAGUGCUAGUGGAACAGGGUCUUGGGAAGUACUGCGAUGCCGAUUUCGUACGAUACACAUCCCGUGAAAUGCAAGAGGCGCUGGAAAUGACAAAGGAGGAAAUGGAUUAUGCAGCUCAUGAACUCCUACAGCGUAACCCCAAGCGCCCCGAUGCUCCUUUAUAGCGUUUUAUUGCACCUACACCCCUUCCAGAAACCAAGUGCCUGAGGCCCAGCGGCUUUCUGGGCCACAUCCCCUCAAUUCCUGCUGCUGAUUUGACAGCAAUUUAAACAAAAAAAGAAAUGAAAAUUAAAGGAUUUGAUUGAGACUCUGUGAGAUUUUUUUUUCAUUAUAUUGUUGUUAAAGAUUUUUAAAGAAAUAUAAGAAACUCUCUCUUCUUUAUAUUUGAAGUUAAAAGCCAUCCUAAAAGAUAAAUUUUCUUUUUUCCAAGAACAAUUUCUCAGAGAUCUCAUUCAAGCUCCUUUUCGUAGUGCGUCAGAGAAGCCAUUAAAAAAAAUAAAAGUCAAUUUUGCAGCCCUCCCUGUAACCCCUUGAAACCAAAAAAGAAAAAUCGGCAGGAGUGUGCCAAAGGCGCCAAAAAAUGUGUCAAAAAAUGAAGAUUUAAAAAAAUGUGGAUUUUAGAGGAUUUGGGCCAAAGUAUAAGACAAUUUUGUACCCUUCCCCGCCCCUCCCCCAAAACUUUCGCGUUUUUAACAGACACAGACGGAGAUGUUUUAGAUUAAUAGAAAAAUCUUUACUAUAUAAAUUAAUACAACCAAAAAGAAAAUUGUAGAAUUCUGGUGUAUAUUUAUGAGAGGAGGUUAAAAUUAAUAUUAAACAAAUGAAAAAGAUAAUGAAAACAAUGUGUCAAUCGUGUGAAAAUACAAAAUGUGUCGAAAAGAAAAUUUGCAAAGAAAAA